UUAGUUCUUCAAAGAAAUCAUUUUACUAUCUUUAUAUGACCUGAAAAUUAUUAUUUUCAACCUUUAUCUUUUUAUUUCAAAUAAACUCUGAAUGGAAAAAGAGGCAAUAACAAAAAGCAGUUGUGGACUUAAACUAAAAAUACCUUAUCUUAACGAGGUAACCGCUGGAUUAUUCACUCUCAAGUAACAAAUAAGUAGUAAGCUAUGCGGUACGUUUUCCGUUAUUUUGUUGCCGCCUUCGUGUUAACCAGUGCACGUGGUGCAGUGUUUGACGGUGAAACGGAACAAGACGUUGUGGAACAUAUACAGUCAACGUUAGAAUGCCGUCACGUUCCGGGUAUGACGGUCGGCAUCAUUAAAGGGAACGAUACCUGGACAAGAGGGUUUGGGACAGCUGAUUUCAAGAGUGGACGGCCUGUUGACGGAGAUACAUUGUUCAUUAUUGGUUCUGUAACCAAGUCGUUUACAAUGACUUUGCUGGCGAUCAUGCUGACAGAAAACAAACUACAAUGGACGGCGAAGAUAUCCGAUAUUCUUGGCAAAGAGUAUGGGUUUAUUGACGACUAUAGGACACGGGAAACAACUCUUCGAGACCUUUUGUCACAUAGGACGGGCCUAGCCAACCCCGUCAGUGGCAUUAUGGCUGGGUUCCCACCAUCCAUAACGAGGGAAGACCUAUGCAAACGAAUGAGGUUUCUCCCGGAGGUAAUUCCCUUUAGAGACUCCUUCAUCUACAGCAAUUACAUGUACAUGUUACUUGGCCACGUCACAGAAAAGUUAGGUGGGGACACGUGGGAAAAUCUCAUGAAGUCACGAAUUUUCGUUCCCCUUGGAAUGAAGUCAACCAAAGUACUGAAGAAUACAUCUGACGUUCUUGCAAGUGAUAUGGCGCAUCCGUACAUAUACAAGGACGACUCAUUUGAGAACUCAACUUUAGAUAUAUAUGAACUGCACCCGUUGGAGCCUGCAGGAGCCAUGUUGUCGUCUGCAGAGGACAUGACGCGCUAUUUACAGUUUGUCCUAAACGAUGGGAAUACCACGACUGGGGAACAGUUGAUAGACCCUAAGCUUUUCAGCGAAGCUUUCUCAGCUGCCAUUCCAGUGAAAAGCGGGUCACCUGUGAAGUUCGCCGUGUCCAAGCCUACAUUCCCCGUGUCUGACGUGCUAGGCGGAUAUGGGUACGGAUGGUUCGAGAGCAGUUACGAUGGUUAUAGAGUGGUGUGGCACAGUGGUGGCUUGUGGUCUUACAUAACGCUUGCCUGGUUGUUCCCUGAGAAAAAUAUAGGGAUAUUUAUUAGUUCAAAUGGAGGCAUGUUUAAGCAUUACCAAUCGGAAUCGUUGACGACAACCAUGUACUAUCUGGCAGACAUAUUAUUGGACAAAGAACCAUGGCUGAACUCAUCAACUGCCUGCUCUUUUCCCGAACCUUGGAAAGAAAUUAACGAGAUGGAUUCGAGAUCGAGGGACAAUUCUGCCUUUUUACCGGACAUUUCCGAGUAUGCCGGAAACUACGGAAAUGAGUUUCAACCCGAUUUCAUAUUAACUGUGAGUGGAAGUUCGCAAACGCAGCUUAACUUCGAAUCGGGAAGAAUCGGGGGAAAUCUCUAUUCAACCCAAGCCAAAGAUCGAUUCUUGAUGGAGAUAACAUACCCAUGGGAAUUUUACGUUCCGCUGAUGGACCAUAACAACGUUACGACAAAAACAAACGUGUACUUUGUCCGCGGAGGUGGAAAAGUUACUUCAAUGAUAUUAGAGAUCGGCACCAAUAUUACAUUUACAAAAGAUGUUUCCGUGUUAGACGAUAUACCUAAAAAAACUAACGAAAGUUAUUGGUUAUUUAGUGCAGGGUUGAUUGUAUGUCUGUUAGCUACGUGUGCUUUGUGGCAACGGUAAAAUGGCGUAUGGCUAAAAUAUACUCAGUACAUUUAGAAAAACACAUUUUAUAGUAUCAUCAUAUAAAUGAGGGCUAUGUGGAAUUGCUCGCAACCAUAACGAUAAAACACUGACGUUUAAUGUGAAGAAUCAAUUUAGUUUGCGCUCAAAGCAUUUAGAUGAGCUCUAACUAAUGACAUUCAAGAAUGUUUUCCUAAAAGAGCUUAAUUCUGUCCUAGUUUAUGUAAGACUUCAAAACGAUUUGUAAUACCUUUGGCAUGCUUAUAUAACUUUUGAAUUCGAAAUGGCUGAGAACCGGUCUUCUAAGACCUAUGAUCUUCAAAUUUGACGUUCAAAGCAAAGAAAAAUCAAUCCCAAUACUUAAGCCCUUAAUAAUAAUAACUUUAUUUAAAGAAGGUAACACAUAGGCAUCAUAUUAUAAAUAAACAUAACACGCGUCCAAUAAACAAUGCGGCCUUCUGAAAGAACACACACACACACACACACACACACCGACACGCACGCACGCACGCACACACAAAAACACACCUAAAAAGAUGUGAUGCAAAUAAUACUCAAAACACAAAUGAGAAAUUUCGUUUUUUUCAUCAUGGCCUUUAACUAGCGUAAAUGAUCGUUUUGACAUGUAAAAAUGCUAUGAAAGGAAUUGUAAGCAAACAUUUAUGUCAUUUAAGAAAGGUAAGUAUGAAAAUGUAAUACAAAAACAUAAAGAAACAUGAAUAUAAUAAAUUCAUUUAACACAUCAAUGCUUAACAAUACAUCAGUUUGUACCUAAUUGUUAACAAAACUCUCAUCAAUAUUGUUUUACUGAGUGAGUAGGACAUUCACACAUUUAUUUAACACCUUACUCAAACAUAUAUAUAAUGUAUAAACUAUACCAGUGGUAUGCAUGUACCCUUCAAAUGAUUUUUAAUUGAUCUGGUAAAAACUCAAUUCCUUAAAAACAAUUACAUUAACAUUAACCCUUUCGGCGCCAAUUUAAUUGUCAAAUGUUCCUCUCAGCAAAAAAAAAAUAAUCCUGGAAAUACUAAUAAAAUCCCAUCAAGGCAAUUUACUUAAUUUUUAUUUAUAAAGCUUUUCCUUUCAAAUGUUCACAGUAAAAUAAUUAUGUCCAAUAUGUUUUAUUUUAUUUAUUUUGACAAAAUAUUUAAUUGAUUACAUAAAAAAAUGGAAACUCUUUACAUUUGUUCACUCAUAUUCAAGGGUUACAUAUCCAUUUUAUAUUUUUAUACACUUUAUACAUUAGAAAUAAUCGCUGAGUUUAAAUCAAACAUACUUGCCUAUGAACUAAUCCACAUAUGAACAAAAUGAAACCAAAUCAAGACAUUUUCGCAGCAUUGUUGUUAUGGACCACACGUCCGGCUUCUUGGCGAAAGUUCUUGGGUGUGUGGAAUAUUUCGUGACACGGGUCUAGAUAAUUUAGCUUAUUGCACUGUUUGCAUUUAAAGGAUGUUUGUUCUCUACUUUUUAUCCAGGAUUCUUCCUGUUACUACACACAGCACAAUCCAAUACCUUGUUUAAAUAAAAACAUUGUUUGGUCGACCUUUAUAAUCUCUUCAACAUAAUGUCAAUAAUUGCAAAUGUAAUGUAUCUGAUCGGCGUAAACAAUUUUCAUCAAAACUGUUGAAUUUCAUGUUUAAAUCUAGUAUUAAAAUAGUACAUAUUAGCGUUUUAAAAUGUCCUUGGUGCAUAAAUAUUGUGUUGAAGAACCUUUCGAGCCGUUUACAUGUUGUACUUUCACCGUGGGAUGAAAACUAAACGUUAUACUAUAUAGUCAGGUAAAACAUCACUUGCCAAGAACAAGAUAGUGAUUUUUAGUUGGGAAAACACACUUUCAAAAUAAUAACACACAACUUAUGUACGUUAAACGUAAACAAUCAUAAUCUAUGUUGUUACCUUGUUGUAAAUUUUAUUUUAAAAUAAAACGCCUCCGGCCAACAAUGCUAUAUAUAAACUACAAUCAAUAAAACAAAUCAUCAGACUUUUUCAU